GACAGAUCUGCCUGAAUUAGUCCAAUAAUAAACACAGAAGCAGGAAUAAUUAUUGCAGUAACGAAAAAGUCUCUCACUUGCCGUAUUUAUGUUAAAAUAAUCACGACUAAUAGAAAGUAUAACCUACGUUGUUUUUGUGAUUCAUUUUCUACUAUUUAAUUUCACAUUGCGUGUAGUACCUAGCUGCUUGCGCUGAAUCGUAGCCAUUUCGUAAAAUGGAAAGUGAUAAAAUGGGAAUCUACGAAUCGCUGAUACGGUGGCUUGGAGUGCUACAGCUCACUGCUUCGCACGAAAAUGUUCAACAACUUAGUGAUGGCGUAGCGCUAGCUCAGGCCUUACAUCAAAUCGCCCCGGAAAUAUUCAGCGAAGGUUGGCUCGGGAAGAUUAAAGUGGAUGUAGGCCACAACUGGAGACUGAAAGUGAGUAAUCUGAAGAAAAUCAUCGACGGUGUCUACGUGUACUAUCAAGAUAUAUUGAGUUUGAACUUGUCGGAAGAAUUGCGACCAGAUGCGAUGAAAAUUGCGGAAAAGUGCGACGGUUUUGAGCUUGGACGACUGUUACAACUGAUUUUGGGUUGUGCGGUUAAUUGUUUGGAAAAACAGAAAUAUAUCACGCAAAUCAUGGAACUGGAAGAGUCACUGCAGCGUAACAUAAUGGCAGCGCUGCAGGACAUUGAGUACGUCUGGCAAGGUGCUUCUCCUUCCAGGAACUCUAUCAACGCUUUGAGUUUGGACGUUAAAACUUUACAAGAAGAUCGGGACAGUUUGGCACAGAAAUGUCACGAGACAAACAAAAAAAUGUUGAUUCUCAUUGAGGAGAAAUCGGUUCUCCAGCAGGAAGUGAACAGGUUACAAACCCUUGUUCAGCGAUACGAAAACCCCAAUAUCAUCGGUGACGACGGAACCUCACUGGGACCAAUACAGCUGGGUUCAUCGCGUUAUAACGAUCUCCGCAAAAUUGUGGACACCUUAAAAGACGAUCUACUGCAGGCGGAAACAGCGCGUGAUGAUUUGAAGAUGAAAUCCACUAUACAGGAGAAAGAAAUUGUCGAACUACAGAGUAAAAUUGAAGAAUUACACUCGGCUACUGCCGAGAUCGCUCAACUGAAGGACGAAAUAGAUAUAUUGAAGGAAGCGAACGAUAAAAUGAAAAUAUGCGAGACCCAGCUGCACACGUAUAAGAAAAAGCUGGAAGACUACAAUGACCUUAAGAAACAAAUCAAGAUGCUAGAAGAGCGAAGCGCCGAUUAUUUGAAACAAAACUUGGAUUACGAGGAAGAAGCGAAAAAAUAUUCCGGUCUAAAAGGACAGGUGGAACUGUACAAAAAAGAAAUCCAGGACCUGCAUACGAAGCUAGACACUGAGAUGAGCAAAACGGUACGAAUCGAGUUUGAGUUCAAUCAGCUUCACGCUAAGCUUCAAGCUGUUCAGCGAGAAAAGGAAAAUUUGUUGAGUGAGCGGGAUGUAUUACGCGAAACUUGCGAUGAGCUCAAAUGUGGCCAGGCGGCAGACGAUUCUGAAAGUGGGAACACCAUGUCUAAGGAACUUCAACCAAGUGAUGUAAGGGAUAGGAUUGAACGAUUGGAGAAGGAGAACAAAGCGCUGAGGGAAGGGCAAGGAGGACAAACAGCACUUGCGCAACUGUUGGAUGACGCAAACCAACGAAACGAAAAAUUACGUGACCAACUAAAAACGUCCAACCAACGCAUAUUACUGUUGAGUCAGAAUCAUAGCGACGAUAUCAGUGCAAAAAGCGACAUGGACAUACAACUGAAACAGGCACUGGAACUAAACGAGCAGCGUUCAUCCCAAAUUGAUGAAGCACAGUUACAAAUGACUCAGCUGCAUACGAAAAUAGCUAACUUGGAAGCAUCUUUGGCAGCUAAAGAGCACGAACUGCUAGCUGCCGAUACACGCUACAAGAAGUGCGUAGAAAAGGCGAAGGAGGUGAUUAAAACCCUGGAUCCACGUGCUGUUAAUGAGGCUUUGUUAUUGGAAAAGCCAUCUCAUCAAGACUCCGAAGCUACAUCGUCCACUUCGACAGCAGUCAGCGGAGGUGAUGCAUCAACCCUGACGGCUGCAUCAUCGUCGACAGUACGAGCUCCAAUGGGCGCCCAGGAAGAGCAGCUGAUUGCAACCGCUUUCUACCGGUUGGGAAUGACUUGCCAACAAGAAGCUGUCGAUUCACGGCUCGCUUUGCUUAGUGGACCUGGCCAAAGUUUUCUCUCCCGACAGCGUACGCCAGCACCUAGGAAGCCUAUGAAUAUGACAUUCGGCAAGAAAUAGAAGCUUAUUAUAAGCCACCGUUAGAAAGCAAAUGGCAUUCACUUGAUGCGCCUUAUAGUAAUCAUACAUAAAUAUGAUUAAUUUUAUAAUUACAUUCAUUAUUGCUAGUAGCUUUUACUAGCGGAAUUCGCAUUACGAAUCGUGCAUGACCACAUUUAUUAUUCAUCCGCGUGCGUUUAGUUGGUUUUACUUAUAUUGACCGACAUUGUGUAUGAACUAAUUGUGUAAAUAUAUUUCAUAUUUAUCAGUAAA